AUGGCUGGGAUCGGAGGAAUGGCUGGCGCCAUGGAUGGUUCGAAUGGCCCACAGGGGACGGAAUACACAUUACAGGGUGUAAUGCGCUUCCUACAGACAGAAUGGCACCGACACGAGCGCGACCGCAAUGCAUGGGAGAUUGAACGGGCAGAGAUGAAAUCUCGCAUUGGUCGAUUGGAAGGCGAUCUGCGCACAAGCAAGCGCUUGCAUGAGUCCCUUGGGAAACAUGUUCGCCUGAUGGAGACCGCUCUAAAGAGGGAGAGGGAGAAGGUCAAGAAGCUAUCAAACAACGAAAAGCCCGAAGACUCUAAGGAUCCUAAAGAUGCUGCACGUGAGAGUGUCAGCUUCCUGAAAGCGCAUCGCCCCAAGCCGAGCACGGACCAUGAGAAUGACGAAGCAGCCGACAACGAAAACCAGCAUGAGGGUCAAAGUGAGGACAUAGACAAAGUCCGAGGAUACCUGUCCAAAGCUUCCAACGAGAUUGCGUACCAUGUUAUACCCGCUUCCCACCCGCCACCCGACAUCAAUGACUCCGACAUGUCAGGCCAGCUUUAUGGCAAUUCACAGCUGUCGCAACAGAACCUGGAGGAGGCCUAUCUUCAGCAGCAACGUCAGAAAGCGAAUCACGUCAUGGCACGUGAAAUGGCACUGCAAAACCACCAACCGAUGUCCAAUCACUACUCUGACAAUGCCAUGGCUUGUGGUCAAAACCAGUAUCUCCCUCGGGAUGCCAUGGAUCGACGGUCACUGGACCCGCAACAAGCCCCCGUCGCAGCACUUGAAAAUCGAACCCAAGUAUACGAACAGGGCACAGUGGGCGAACGCCCAAACCAGGCAUACGAGGCCCAGGGCCCUCGAGUGGUCGUCAAGGAGGAUGUGAAUCUGAAAAACUUGACCGAGAAAAGAACAGAGGAUGUGGAUGGGUGGAACUUUGACGAACCGGCAGAGCAGGAACUCGUGGUCACCGGACCCAUUCCGCCUCAUCGCCCGGAUACCGAUGCUUUCCCAAAUGCCAACUUUAUGACCUCUGAGCCGAGCAAGGACGGGUCUCUCCCCAUCGAAGGACGAGCGGGUGCGACCUUCGGACAAAAGCAAGAUUCUAUCUUCCAAGUCCGGUUUGUGCUGCGUGGCCACUUGGAUGUGAUUCGAUCUGUCAUCUUCACCGGUGGUGGUAGUCCAGAAGAGCCCGAGAUCUGCACUUGCAGUGAUGAUGGAACGAUCAAGAGAUGGAUCAUCCCAGGUACUUCUGGUGGCUCUGGGGCUGGUUCCAGCCAUGACUCGGACAUUACGAGCUACUUCACUCAUCGCGGCCAUGAAGGCGCCGUGACUUCUCUUGCCGCCUGUUCACCGUCUCAGAACAUCUCCAAUGGCGGCCGUGUUUUGGUUGAUGGGUUGGUGUUUUCAGGCGGCCAAGAUGCUAGCGUGCGUUUAUGGGAACGUGGGCGGAUUGAUCCCAAGGCCACCUUCAACGAGCACAAAGAUGCAGUCUGGGGACUUUGCGUUCUUCCCGGGACCAUGGGUUCUGUCUUUGGCGACUCAAGCAGCCAAUAUGGUGGCUCGGAUCGCAUCCUUCUGGCCUCUGGCGCAGCAGAUGGCUACGUCUUGAUUUGGGCUAUCAGCGCCGCAUCCCCGCCUGGAAAUCGCCGUCAAGUUAGAAGCCAACGGGCGAACUCAAACUCAAUGCCCUCCGGUUCCAACUUCCCAACCUUGCCUCCGCCCAGCGUCAACUUUGUCGUCUCCUACUCGGAUGCCUCUAUUAUUGUUUACGACACGCGGACCGGCGAAGAAAUUGCGGGUAUGGCUAGUCUCGAGACAUAUGACGGCACGCCAGCUACUGGGGUGAACUCCGUCGUCGCCACCACUGUCGGCUUUGAUGGAACCGUUAAUCUUGAUCCCAACCGCGCGAUGGCCGAAGAAGAAGAAGUGGUCCACGGAGCCACUGGAUCAAGCAACGUUGAGGGUGUAAUCAUCAGUGGUUAUGAGGACCGAUACAUCCGCUUCUUUGAUGCCAAUAGUGGUCAAUGUACAUACACAAUGCUUGCUCAUCCUGCUGCGAUAGCCUCACUGUCAUUGUCUCCAGAUGGACGUGAGCUCGUUUCAGCUGGCCACGAUGCAAGCUUGCGAUUCUGGAACCUCGAGAAGCGCAGCUGUACUCAGGAGCUGACCGGUCACCGGCUGAUGCGUGGCGAAGGAGUCUGUGCUGUAGUAUGGAGCCGUGAUGGCCACUGGGUCGUUGGCGGUGGUGGAGAUGGCCUGGUCAAGGUCUGCUCCCGAUGA